AUGCCUCUGCUCCUGAGAGAUGUCCUCUGUGUAACUGAGACAUUCUAUAAGUAUGCUGGUGAGGACAGUGAGGGGGCAACACUGGCCUGCAGAGAGGUGAGGCAGCUCCUCCAGGGCGAGUUUGGAACUUUCAUGCAGCUGUGUAUCUUCCAUGCUGUGGAAAGAAACUUGAAUCUUCUGGAUAUUGAUGGUAAUGCUGCCAUCAGUUUUGGUGAAUUUGCUCUUGCAUUCUUCAACUUGCUGAACUUCUGUUAUCUUGAUGAACAACCAUUACUAAAUUCAGAGCUAAAACAGAUCAAGCCAGAGAAGGAGAAGCUAGAUGACGUGGAUCUUCAGGAGACCACAUUAAACGGCCGGAGAGUGGAAUCUUUGCCACCUCAAGAAAAUGCAAGGCUUCCUUCAGGAAUGGCAUCAUCAUCUCAUCUCAGCUCCAAAGAAAAUGGAGCAGUUGGACACAAUAGGGUAGACUCAUGAGGAGAUGCCAAGACUCACCACCUGUCAGGAGAAGCAUCUGAGCACAGUGACCCUCAGAACCCACACCUGGAAGGAGAUAAACAGUGCCAGGAAGUGGCCAAAUGUAGCAAUAACAGAAGAAAUGGAGCCCAACUUAAGACUAAUAAGUCAAUGGCAGUAUUAGAACAAACCAGCAGUCACACAAAAAGAAAGGGACAGGAUGAGGGGAUCCCCGGGGAGGGAGAUGCAGCCAGGGAACAAAGUAGCACAAAGAGAAGAGACCAGUUUGGAGAACAGGAAGGAAACUUGAGAACCCAAAGUUCUUCACCAGAAGAAGCAACACAGAGACCACGUGAAGUUAGAACAAAAAAAAAGAAAUACUCUAAAAUACAAGCGCCACUCCUGCAAGAAGAUGAGCCCAGGUCACAGUAUGCUUACCUGCUAGAGCAAGCUACUCCCAGGAAACCAUCUUAGAUGGGCAGACCAACUGAAGCCAAGGAUGACUAUAGAACACUUGAGACUCCAGAAGCGGGAGAGGAUGAAGCAGGAGAGGAUGAAGCAGGAGAGGAUGCUGACAGGACACCGCCUGAGACAAGGAAUGCGGAUGAACCUGAGGACAAUGGCGAAAUAUCCGAGGCCCAAGAAUCACCAGCACAAAACAAAGAACAUGAAACAGAGGACCUGCCCCCAGUCCAAGGCGGUAGCAGAUGUAUUUCAGAAAUACCUGACAUGAGCACUGAAAGGAAAGAGGGGAGAGGUCCUGAGGCCUGUGGAACAGCAAGGCAGAAAGAAAGUGACAGAAAAAAUCAGCCACUGGCCCUGGAAUCCCAAACACAGAGUGAGGAAUAUCAGGAACUCCAGGAAUUAUUAAAACAAAAUGAUGCUGUAAAAGUUUCUGAGACAAAAGGUCUAACCUCAGAGGGAGCAGAUCAGAAUCACCCUGAAAUUGAAGGAGCAGUAGCCCCAGGAGAAGAGGGAAGACCCACUGUGGAAGGUAGCAAGAGUGAGGCUGCAGCAGAAGGAGUGCCGGGAGCAAGACAGACAACACAAGAGUUGGCCCCACGUGAGAACCAGUCUGCAGGAGAAGGCAGCACGGUCACCAAGAUGCAUAACAAGCCAGUCAAGGAAGUUGACCAUUUCCUGAGGGAGCAUCCCGAGUUGCCAGUCAUACAGAAUGAUGAGGGGUCUUCCAAAACUCCCUGCAGCCUGGCUCCAGAGAAAAGCCACCACAGUUCACAGACGGGAGAAGCACCUGUAGAAGGGGAGUCCCAGAGGCAAGUAGAUCCACAGGGAAAGCCUGCAUGAGGAGGUCACAGUAACCCAGAUGCCCAGAAACAGGGAGUUGGCCAAAGGAGCAAGGCUCAGGAGGCAAGGGUGCUAGCAGUCAGCAGAGAGACUGUGCAGCUCAUGAGGGGACAGCAACAGCCCACCAGAGGAGAACACAAGAGUCAAGGCUCAGGUACCAAAGGCCCAGGUGCAGCUGUGCAGUCCAGUGGUCACCCCAAGGCACAGGCAUCCAGAGUAGGAGGCGAAAAGAGAAAGUCCCUGGAGACAGGGAUCCCAGGUUCCCUGGCUGCAGACUUCACUGACCGGCUUCCCGCACAACAGCUCCCUGAGAAGGGAGAUGGCAGGAGCAAGAUAAUUGGCCAGAACUCAAGUAUCAAAGGUGAGGAAGGGAGAGCACCAGGGGCCCAUCUGUUGAAAAGUCUGGAUGAGGACAAUUCAGCCUUCCCCAUAACACACUUCAAAACAGAGGAACCUGUAACAUUGGAGGGGAAGAAUAAAAGUCUCCAAGAGCUGGACUUGGACAAAGAAGGGAUGACAGCAAUUCAGGAAAAUAAAACAAGUUGGGUAUUCUGCACAUUCCAGGUGCACUCCAGCUGGCAAAACAAGAUGACUCCCUGUCUUCUGAGGGGCACCAUCAGCAUCACCAGUGUGUCCCAUCAGCAUGUGAAGAGCAACAGAGACUGCCAAAGACCCAACAAGACAAAAGUCAAGUCACCUCCCAAACAAGAGUUUGGAAUGGCCCUGGAGGAUCAGCUCUCGGUGUGCGGGGCCCUAGAAUGUCAUGCUCGGGGCUUGCGCGCCACCUUGUGGUAA